AUGUCGAGCAACGAGGACAUAUUGAAAGCGAUAAGCGACUACCUCGGAGAGGCAAUCGAGGGGGAAGCGCAGUCCGCGCCACCGGCUCCUCCACCUGAGCCGCACCAGCAGCCGCCACCGCCGCGACCGCCGAGGGUCGGAACAAUCGUACAGAGGUCCGACCGGGUCAACGAGCAGAAGCGGCAAAUGCUCUUGGCCCAACCACCGCCACCACCUGGGCGUAGGCCAAUCCGGCCGUACGAGAAGCCGCCAACACCGCUGCAAAAACCGGCAGCCGAGACGCUACCGAGGGAGGAAAUCCUGCGUCCAAUGGGGCCGAUGACCGCACCACUCAUCAAGGUGGAAAUAGAGCCCGGCCUCAUCGUGGAGGUACCGCAUUUCGCGGUGCAUGGGACGGGAAGCUCCGCUACAAGCGGAAAAUCAGCUAGAACCGUUCAUCCCGAGGAGGAUCCACCUGUCCGACCGACCAGCAGUCCGACCGUCCGCUCCGAACACCGAGCUUAA